AUGCGAAAACAGUGUUUCCUGCUGUCAAAGUCAUGCAGGUGUGCCUAUCUGACUGUCAGUGUUCGCACCCCGUUGGAAUUGUGUACUAAAAGAAAUGCAACCAGAGAUUGCCGCGUUCCCGAAUCCGUCAUAAAACGCAUGGAUAGUCUCUUUGAGUGGCCUGACGCGGAGAGCCACCCAUGGGAACGCCACAACCUAGAUUUGAGUGAAGUCGAAACAAGUUCUUUCGUUGACGCUAUUGAAGAUUUCACAGAUUUUGUCCUACAGAAGCCGUUACUUUUCAUUGACACACAAAUAACUGAAGAGGAAAAGCAGCAGGCGCGCCACGUGACCAAAUCCAACCCAGUUCAUGUGAUGGACGAUAUUCUUAGGUCCCUUGUAAACUCGUGCAUUUCAUCACUCCCACCAAAAGAGAAGAAAUUAUACGGAAAGGAUUUCAGUAAAGCCAAGGUCCUCACAUUUUCCCAGCUGAAAUGCAUGGCGGCCGAAAAAUUCAAGCAGCCGGGUGAAGCUUUUGAGCUGUGGAUUCGUGCAGCCUUCUCAGAAAAUGUUGCCCUCCUUGUCCCAUGUAAUGUUUAUAUUUCUUAA